UCGACCGUCUUGACCCCUCUGGAAAGGUGUACUGAAUGAUUAACAUGAAUCACUAUGCCACUAAGAAGAGUGUAGCUCAGAGUAUGCUUGAUGUGGCUCUACUCAUGGCUAACUCAUCCCAGCUAAAAACUGUUCUAUACAUGGAGUCACAGUACAGAUUCUACAAACCUCUCAUAGUACUGCUGUCCAUGUCUAUUACGCUACAGGUUGUCGUGGGACUACUGCUGGUCUUUAUCGUGAAGUAUGAUCUGAAUGAUGUGAGGAAACACUCAAAGCUGAACAUGAUGAACAACACAGCAACAGUAUUUGUUUUAUUCACAGUCCUCAUCAACAUCUUCAUCACUGCGCUAGGCUUUGAGGGUGCUGUUAUAGGACUUCCAGAACCCCAAUCCUUCCUUCUGACCACUGAACAGAACCAGACCGGAGGCCUCUAGACCACAACCUCAGAUCAUCCUCAGACAACUGACAGGUUGUAGAGCACAAGCUUAGCACAACCUGGCCUCAAUUUAACCGGAGGCUUGUACAACCUGAACACAACAUCAGCAGAAACCUGGAACCUAACCCCAACCUACAGUACUGUCAGUUCUCUCUACAGUGACAGGGCAGUGCAGGUGCCAGAG